UCUCUCUCCUUUCUUUUUUGCUACUUCAAUUUGCAGAAACUCUUCUCUCUUCUUCUCUGCAGUGCGCCAGAUGAAAGCAAACUCCUUUUUCAUCCUAAAAGUUCUUAUAUUUGCCCUGUAACCUACUUCUCAUAAAACCCUUUUGAUUCCCCAGAAAAAAAUAACAUUCAUCAAUUUUCUUAAUACAGAAAAAAAGCAAAAAAUAAAAAUAAAAAUGGAAGAGAGUGGUAGUAUAGCAAACAAUGUAGCUAGAGCAAUAACUGCUGCACUUGAUUGGAGCUCUUCUUCUGAUGCUCGCAAGUCCGCCUUUUCUUUCUUGGAAUCUUUUAAAGCAGGAGAUGUGCGUAUCUUGGCUAGUACAUCCUUCACUUUAGUUAAGAAGGAGUGGUCUUCUGAAAUACGGCUGCAUGCAUUCAAAAUGCUUCAGCAUCUUGUAAGGCUGCGUUGGGAAGAACUGCAUACAGUGGAGCGGCGCGACUUUGCGAGCAUUGCUGUUGACUUGAUGUCUCAGGUUGCGGAUCCAUGUGAGGAGUGGGCUUUAAAAAGUCAAACAGCUGCUCUUGUCGCAGAGAUAGUAAGGAGAGAAGGCCCAAAUUUGUGGCAGGAAUUGUUUCCUUCGGUUGUAGGCCUGUCUAACAAUGGCCCAUCUCAAGCAGAAUUGGUCUCAAUGAUGCUAAGGUGGCUUCCUGAAGAUAUUACUGUUCAUAAUGAAGAUUUAGAAGGUGACCGGCGUAGGCUAUUGUUACGUGGACUUACUGAAUCCUUGCCAGAAAUUUUACCUUUGUUGUACUCAUUACUAGAGAAGCACUUUGGGGCUGCAGUAAAUGAGGCAUCGCAGCAGCAUCUAGACAUCGCGAAACACCAUGCAGCCGCAGUUACAGCAACCUUGAAUGCAGUAAAUGCUUAUGCAGAAUGGGCUCCUUUGCCUGAUCUUGCCAAAUAUGGGAUUAUAUAUGGGUGUGGCUGCUUGCUUACUUCUCCAGAUUUUCGGCUUCAUGCUUGUGAGUUUUUUAAACUUGUAUCUGCAAGGAAGCGACCUGCUGAUGCAUCAUCGGAUUUUGAUUCUGCAAUGAGCAAUCUCUUUCAGAUAAUGAUGGAUGCUUCCAAAGAUUUCCUUCAAAAAUCAAGCAUGAGUAAUGGGGUCAUUGAUGACAGUAAUUUUGAGUUUGCAGAGUUGAUAUGCGAGUGCAUGGUUUCUCUUGGUUCCACAAAUCUUCUGUGCAUUUCUAGUGAUACAAACAAACUUUCUUCUUAUCUUCAACAGAUGCUGGGGUACUUCCAACAUUUUAAGCUGGCCCUUCAUUGCCAGUCACUGUCUUUCUGGCUGGUAUUAAUGAGAGAUUUACUGUCAAAGCCAAAAGCUCAUGCAACUGGAGAUGGUGUUGUAAACAGUUCUACUGGCUCUGGACAGGCUGAAAGUGAGAAGAGAAAUAUAUCAAAUUUGAUAAAUGACGACUAUUGUGGUGCAAUUCUAGAUACAUCUUUCCAGCGUCUCCUCAGAAAAGAGAAAAUUCUUCCUGAGACAGCACUUUCUCUUGGACCUUUGGAACUGUGGACUGAUGAUUUUGAGGGCAAAGGGGAAUUCGGUCAGUACCGCUCUAAGCUGAUGGAGCUGAUCCGGUUUGUUUCAAACCAUAAGCCUAUUGUUGCUGCUAUGAGGGUGUCUGAGAGAACUGUCAUGAUUAUCAAGAACCUAGUAUCGUCUUCGGCGCCAUCUCUGGACUUGGCCAUACUGGAGAGUAUGCAAUUUGCCUUAGAAAAUAUUGUUGUAGCAGUUUUUGAUGGAUCGGAUGAAAUUGCUAGGGGUAGCUCGGAGAUACAACUUGCUUUGUGUAGGAUAUUCGAAGGUCUCCUACAGCAGCUUCUUACCUUGCAGUGGACUGAAUCCGCGCUUGUGGAAGUCCUCGGCCACUAUUUGCAUUCAUUCGGUCCAUUCCUGAAGGUCUUCCCAGAUGCAGUUGGCGUUGUCGUUACUAAACUAUUUGAGCUUUUGACCUCCCUUCCUGUUGUUGUCAAGGAUCCUUCAACAAACAGUGCCCGGCAUGCCAGGUUGCAGAUUUGUACAUCUUUCAUUCGGAUUGCCAAAGUUGCUGACAAAAGCCUGCUGCCUCACAUGAAGAUGCUACUUGGUCUCUCUCCUGACCAGCAGUUGUACACUUGUACUAGUUCCAACAAAGACGAGGGAACUCUCCCCCACACACCCAAAAUAAAAAAAGGGAUUGCAGAUACCAUGGCGCAGUUACAAAAUGAGGGUCGUUUGCUUCGUGGGGAGCAUAAUCUUCUUGGUGAAGCAUUCCUUAUUAUGGCUUCUGCUGCUGGUGUUCAACAACAGCAAGAAGUUUUAGCCUGGUUGCUCGAACCUUUAAGUAGACAGUGGAUCCAGCAAGAUUGGCAAAAUGCUUAUUUAUCUGAUCCAUCAGGUCUUGUUCGAUUGUGUGUGGAUACACCACUAAUGUGGUCCAUUUUUCAUACGGUAACUUUUUUUGAGAGGGCACUGAAGAGAUCUGGAAUCAGGAAGAAUAGUUCACAGAAUAUCUCAACAGGAACACUCAUGCAACCAAUGGCUCCUCACUUGUCAUGGAUGUUGCCACCUCUUUUAAAAAUUCUCCGUGCUAUGCAUUCACUUUGGUCUCCCACCGUGAUCCAGUCGUUACCUGGAGAAGUUAAAGCUGCACUUAACAUGAGCGACGUAGAGCGGGCUAGUCUUCUUGGAGAAGUGAACACAAAAGCACCAAAAGCUGCUUUGGGCUUUGCUGAUGGUUCGUUAAUAGAUAUGAGCAAGGAAACCUAUGGAGAACCAAAUGAAAAAGACAUACGAAAUUGGUUAAGAGGCAUUAGAGAAAGUGGGUACGAUGUCCUGGGGUUGGCUACUACUAUAGGAGAUGCCUUUUUCAAAUGCUUGAAUAUUGAUACCGUUGCUCUAGCUUUGAUGGAGAAUCUGCAGUCAAUGGAAUACAGGCAUUUGAAGCAGCUCAUUCAUUUGGUCAUCAUCCCAUUGGUCAAGUCUUGCCCUCCAGAUCUAUGGGGGACAUGGCUGGAGAAGCUUUUACAUCCAUUACUUCUUUAUGCUCAGCAAGCUCUAAGCUCGUCAUGGUCAAGUCUUUUAAAUGAAGGCAGGGCAAAGGUUCCUGAUGUUUGCAAUAUACUUGGAGGAUCUGAUCUGAAAGUUGAAGUAAUGGAGGAGAAGCUGCUUCGUGAUUUAACUCGUGAAGUAUGUGGGUUAUUGUCAGCAUUAGCUUCCCCUGGGCUUAAUACUGCCCUUCCUGCUUUGGAUCAUUCAGGACAUGUCACUCGCAUCGAUGCUUCCUCUUUGAAGGACUUGGAUGCAUUUGUCUCCACUUCCAUUGUUGGUUUCCUGUUGAAGCACAAAAAUUUAGCUGUCCCAGCACUGCAUAUUUGUCUUGAGGCUUUUAAAUGGACAGAUAGUGAGGCUAUGACAAAAAUCUGCUCUUUUUGUGGUGUCAUUGUUGUAUUGGCCAUUUCAACAAAUAAUGCAGAGCUUCGAGAAUUAGUUUCGAAAGAUUUGUUCUAUGCAGCUAUCCAAGGUUUGGCCCUUGAAUCAAAUGCUUUCGUGAGCUCAGAUUUGGUUAGUCUAUGUCGUGAGAUAUUUGUAUAUCUUGCGGAUAGAGACCCUACACCCAGGCAGAUUUUGUUGUCGCUUCCUUGCAUUAACCCCCAAGAAUUGGCUGCUUUUGAGGAAGCUUUGGCCAAGACAGCAAGCCCCAAAGAACAAAAGCAGCAUAUGAAAAGCCUGCUAUUAUUAGGAACGGGAAACAAGUUGAAAGCACUUGUUGCUCAAAAGAGUGUCAAUAUAAUCACAAAUGUCUCAGUGAGAUCUCGGACAGCCAAUAGCACUGUAGAUACCGGAACUGAAGAAGGGGAUGUUGUGGGAUUGGCAUCAAUCAUUUGAUAGAGCUGGGUGCAGUUUUGUUAUCCCUGUACAGAUGAUUUUUUUCUUUUGUCGGUUGGAAAUUAGAAGUUACAGAAUACAAGUAUAGUGAAAGCAAGUCUUGAUCGCGAGUUGCGCAUUAGAUAUCAUCAGAAGGCCAAACAUUAUAGGCUCGGAUGCAAACUCUUGAGACAUCUAGACGCUGUGUGAGCUCUUCUAUGCCUGAUCAUCUUAGUGAUCAAAUAGUGAUUUAACUGACCCUUGCUAUCACAUUCCCUCUUAAGAGUCACAGUCACAGAACAGCGCAGCAUUGAUGUAGUUUUGUAAUUUUAUGUUAUCAAUAUGUAUGAUCUUUUGAGCUUAUUCAUGAUUUGUGCAGAAAGAGCAACUGUUUAGGUAUAAGGCUGAAUAUGUUUUAGCAUAAAUGUAUUGGCAGGGGCUUAUCUGGUUUAGUUGUGCUGUAUUAUCUCUGACGUUGAUAAGUAGAGCAUUAUAUUUUGAGUUCAACGUUCAAUGUACAUGGGUUGAUCCUAA